CUAUCGACAACAGUCAUCAUCAGACAACUUUGCAAAAUUUACACGGAUUGAAACUGCGUAUUAUUAUUACAGUUGUAACUUUUUAAAUAUCCCCAAGCAAAGUUUGUAAAUCAACCGCCAGCCAACAUGUCCUACGCAUACUUGUUCAAAUACAUUAUUAUUGGUGAUACUGGUGUGGGCAAGUCAUGUCUGCUGCUGCAGUUCACGGAUAAGCGCUUCCAACCCGUGCACGAUUUAACAAUUGGCGUUGAGUUCGGUGCACGCAUGAUCACCAUCGAUGGUAAACAGAUAAAACUGCAAAUUUGGGAUACAGCUGGUCAGGAGGCUUUCAGAUCUAUUACGCGCUCAUAUUAUCGUGGUGCGGCUGGCGCUUUGUUGGUCUAUGACAUCACAAGACGUGAGACUUUCAAUCAUCUGACUACAUGGCUGGAGGAUGCACGUCAGCAUUCAAACUCGAACAUGGUCAUUAUGCUUAUAGGCAACAAGAGCGAUUUGGAUUCGAGGCGUGAGGUGAAAAAGGAGGAGGGAGAGGCUUUUGCACGAGAACAUGGACUGGUAUUUAUGGAGACUUCUGCGCGCACAGCUGCCAAUGUGGAGGAGGCAUUCAUAAAUACAGCCAAAGAGAUUUACGAGAAAAUCCAGGAGGGCGUCUUCGAUAUAAAUAAUGAGGCAAAUGGCAUUAAAAUCGGACAGCAGGCAACGCCCACAAAUCCUGCGCUGCCCGGUGCUGGCGGUGCGGGUGGUGCAGGCAACAGCGGUUGUUGCUAGGAUUAGAGCCCAGUUGGUAUAUAGCCAAUAUAGCCGCUGCUGUAAAUUCUACUAGUGACUAAUUCCUAGACAGUAGUGGAAUGCAGUUUUAUUGUUUAUUUUUAAUUUCAAGCAAAAUAUAACCGUAAUAAACUUAGCUGCAAAACUAGCAGACCGAAUUAGUGAAGCCCCAUUUCAACACUAAGCAUAAUGUUAAAUUAAAACGAAA